CGCACGUGACGCAGUUUCCGGUUCCUGGUCGCCGCCUCUCGGUCUCUUUUCCCGGUGUGAGUGAAUGCAGAGGAUGGAUGGACUGGUGUCUCAGUAUGAGGAGAGGCUGCGGCAGCAGGAAACAGAGAUCAAGUCUCUGGUUGCUGAGAUAGAAGCCUUAAAAAACGGAGAAUUUGUUGGCGAGACACCGAGCUUAGAAGGACUGCGGGAGGAAAACGCUAAGCUGAAGUAUCGUCUGAAUAUUCUGUGCAAGAGUCUUCAAGAGGAGAAAAAUAAGUCUUGUAAAAGCAUGAUCAACAUCAAUGUCCAGCUUCAAGAAAUCUUUGGCAAGGCCAUCAGAACUGCUUACCCGGAACUGGAGAAUCCCCCCUUGGCUGUCACCCCAAGCCAGCAGCCAAAAUUCGGGGAUUAUCAAUGUAACAGUGCUAUGGCAAUGACGCAGAUGUUAAAAGCCAAAGAUAUAAAAGUGAGCCCAAGAGAAAUUGCUGACAAAAUUGUGAAAAAUGUUCCCAGCAAUGAUUUGAUUGAAAAAAUGGAAAUUGCUGGUCCAGGUUUCAUCAAUGUUCAUAUCAGGAAGGAUUUCAUAUCGAAACAACUGACCAAGUUGCUGGUGAACGGAGUCCAGCCACCUGUAAUUGGCGAAAGAAAAAGGGUUGUGGUGGACUUUUCCUCUCCAAACAUUGCCAAAGAAAUGCACGUAGGUCAUCUGCGCUCCACGAUCAUUGGUGAUAGUAUAUGCCGGCUGUUUGAGUUUGUUGGCCACGAUGUACUCCGGUUGAACCACCUCGGAGACUGGGGCACACAGUUUGGAAUGCUGAUUGCUCACCUGCAAGAUAAAUUCCCAAAUUACAUAACUGUUUCACCCCCUAUUGGGGACCUCCAGUCAUUCUACAAGGAAUCAAAGAAGAGAUUUGAUGAGGAAGAGGACUUUAAAAAACGGGCUUACAACUGCGUGGUGUUACUCCAGAGCAAGAGUCCUGACAUCAUCAAAGCGUGGAACCUUAUCUGUGACGUGUCACGAAAAGAAUUCCAGAAAAUUUACGAUUGCCUGGAUAUCAGCAUCGUAGACAGAGGAGAAUCGUUUUACCAGAACAGAAUGAUUCAGAUUGUGAAGGAAUUUGAAGAGCGAGGCUUUGUUGAGCUAGAUGAAGGCAGAAAGAUUGUGUUCAUCCCUGGCUGUUCCGUCCCUUUAACCAUUCAGAAAUCUGAUGGAGGGUUUACCUAUGACACAUCAGACUUGGCUGCCAUAAAGCAGAGACUGUUCGAGGAGAAAGCUGAUGUUCUCAUCUAUGUCGUGGACAAUGGACAGAGCAUCCAUUUGCAGACUGUGUUUGCAGCCGCUCAGAUGAUAGGCUGGUAUGACUCCAAAGUGACUCGAGUUGAACACGCUGGAUUUGGUGUGGUCCUAGGCGAAGACAAGAAGAAGUUUAAGACUCGAUCAGGUGACACUGUGCGAUUGAUAGACUUACUUGAGGAAGGACUUAAACGCUCGAUGGAGAAGCUAAAGGACAAGGAAAGGGAUAAGGUCUUGACUCCUGAUGAAUUGAAAGCCGCACAGACCUCAGUUGCCUUUGGGUGCAUUAAGUACGCCGACUUGUCUCACAACAGAAUGAAUGACUACAUCUUUUCUUUUGACAAGAUGUUGGAUGAUCGAGGAAAUACAGCUGCCUACCUUCUCUAUGCCUUUACUAGAAUACGGUCCAUAGCGAGACUGGCAAACAUCAGCGAUGAGGUUCUUCGCGGGGCUGCCCAGAGCACAGAGAUCGCGUUGGAGCACGAGAAGGAAUGGAAGCUGGUCAAAUGUAUCCUGAGAUUCCCAGAGAUCUUACAGAAGAUCUUAGAUGACCUUCUUCUACACACACUUUGUGACUAUCUGUAUGAACUAGCUACCACAUUCACAGAGUUCUAUGAUAACUGCUACUGCGUGGAAAAGGACAGACAGACUGGUCAGAUAGUGAAGGUUAACAUGAGCCGAAUGUUGUUGUGCGAUGCCACUGCUGCAGUCAUGGCGAAAGGGUUUGAUAUACUGGGAAUUAAACCCGUACAGAGGAUGUAAUGUUUGGAUCACUAUUUCCUCCCUCUAAUAUAUGCAUAAGUUCUACUUUUCUAAAUGUCAACAGAACAAUAAUAAAUUUUAUUUGAUGCAAAAAAAAA